AUGACUGCCUCAAUUCAUUCCGCUCAUCUUCCAAUUACACCGCGCUCUUCCCCCUCUUCCAAACCAACUACCAAUUCAAACUUCCCGAUCACUAACCUCCCCACUGACAUUCUCCUCACUCUCUUCCGUCUAAUAUCAUCUCCACAAACACUCUCCGCUCUUUCCCUCUGUUCCCGCCAAUUCCACCACUACAUCACUCCCUAUCUGUACUCGCACUUCCUCCACCUCGGCGAUACAUGCACUUCCCUCCCGCAUUUCCUGCACACCAUUCUGCAUAAUCCCCACUACGCGCUCUACACCAAAAUCUUUACCUGCAACGCCCUCCUAGGCUAUAAAACCGACAUCUCCAUCUCCAAUUUCUCCCCCUCCGACCUUGUCCUCCUGAAAUCCUGUCUCAAAUCCAUCUACACCCUAGAAGACGGCUCACGCUCUCCAUUCUUUGGCUCCCACAUCGCCUCACAAUGGUACAAUUUUAUCCUCCAAGGAAACUGGGAUGCCAUCGUGGGUCUAAUCCUCUGUCUCCUCCCUAAUCUCCAAUCUCUCAAUAUAAUCAACCACGCGAGCGGUUGUCCUUACGGAUAUCCCUAUCUCGAAACCGUGCUUAACCGAGCCGCAAAUUUACAAAAUCAACGACUUCGCGAUCCCACCCGCAUAUUUCAACCACAAGCAUAUUCAUUCCCGCAUCUACGUUCUUUACAUUUGGCAAAGCAUGACACCAUACAUUAUCCACGCAUGGGAUUUGAGAUUCUGCGCGCCCUCCCCUUUUUAGCGAUUCCCUCAAUACGAGAAGUCAAUACCCACAUGCUUUCGGAUUAUCAUUUUCCAUUUUCCGUUUUGCCUUCUUCUCUUUCUUCUCCUUCUCCUACUCAACAAGCGCAAACCCCACCUCCAAUAACACCCUUCACCCUCUCAACCUUCUACUCUCCUCCGCUUCCCAACUUCACCUUCCACGUCACUCAUCUCCACCUCUCUCACACCGUUCUUCGACAGGACUCCUUAGUCCCAUUUUUCAGCUACUUCAAAUUCCUCAAAUCUUUACAAUGGGAAUGGGAUUACGAUACUCAAAUCGGGAAAAGAGAAGGAUUGGAAUUUUCAUUCGAUAUUAAUCAUUUUCUGCAUUCCAUCGCACAUUUGAGAGAUAUUCUCGAGGUUUUGAGACUUCGAGUUUCAGAAUCAUCAUCAUCAUCAUCAUCAUCAUCAUCUGCUGACACGCAUGAUGGCAGCGAAGAUGAAGACGAAGAAGAUGAAAGAGAAGAAAAUGAGUAUCAACAACAACAAAAACACCACAGUUACAACAACGAGAGCGACGAAUACCAUUCCAUCAUCACCCAGCUCUCGCACUUCUCAAAAUUGGAAGUCCUGAGCCUCUCCGCAAAUCUACUUCCGGCCCCCAAAUCUGCAUCUCAAAUCUCAAGCUCAGACUCAGACGCAAAUUCGAGCAUGGUCUCGGACGAAAGCGAACACGAGCUCGAAGAUCAACAUGACUCCCUCCCCCUACCAAAAUGUAAAUCCCCCCCACACCCAAAUAUCGAUCUUCACAUCGCUACUUCCCAAAAUCCUCGCGGAGAAGGAGAAGUCAAACACCUUAUCCCCAGUCCCAGUCCCACCCUCACCUUCAACUCCCCUCAACCCAACUCUACUCGAUCCCAUAAAAAAGUUAAACGCUCAUCCUCACCCCCUUGUGAAACAUGCAUACACCAUGCCUCUCGCGCACGGGAGACACAAGUGCGGGCGAGACGGAUGAUGCAGUGGAUGCGGUAUAGUGGUGGGGAGGAGGCGGGGAGAGAAGGGGAGAGUGUUGGUACAGAUUAA